AUCACUACUUUCUAAGUUUCUAUCAGCGUAUCAGCUUUUCAGCAUCCCAUUUCUUUCCAUUCAAAAAUAUUACACGUUAGUGAUUUUUUCCUAAUAUUUUUCGCUUUGCUGGUUAUCGUAACGUGUAUUUUGAUGAUGGUAUUUGCUGACACAAUCGACAGAAAUUUUGAUUUUCAUUUUUGUGAAUUCAUUCAGGACGUGGAAUGUUCGAUACCUAUCACUGGUAAAAUAAUCUAUCAACUCUAUUGCAAUGCUGACAUCUAGAAAAUUAAUUGAGAUCAUCAGAUUAUAUAGACUUCUCAAUGCGGGACAGUGAGCUUUGAAACAAUAUGGUCUUUCAGUGACGAGCAGACGAAACACAGCACAUAGAGUGUAUGCUUAUUAGAUGGUGAAUUCCUGUUUGAUCGAAAUAGUCCGUUCUACAUAUGUGAGUGGUUCAUCAGACAUCCGAUUUUUACAAUACAAGUGCCAUCUGAUCUGAGAAACUGGUGUAAAAUGGAUUGUUUUCCUGGAAGUGGUAUUUAUGUGAUUCAGGGCGAAAUAUCCGCUCUGAUGACAUCAAUGAAGAAAGUUCACUGGAAUACUCGAUCUUAUCAGGAAGACGAGAAUAAUCCCUUACUGAAGAAUUUAGCUGAUUUGAAAGUUACUCUGAAUCAAAUUUCAGAUUUGAAAGAAAUUGAACUGAUGACCUUUUUACGACCUUUUCUCGAAGUCAUUCGUUCGAAAGAAACGUCCGUUCAAGUCACUGUUUUAGCUAUGUCUUCGGUGAAUAAAUUCAUUUCUUACGGCUUAAUCGGUGGAGUCGCUGAAAAAUAUCUAUUACCUGUGAUCAACAACGUUGCUGAUGCAGUAGCUCAUGCCAAUUUCGUAAUUACUGAUCAUUCUACAGAUGUCGUCAUCUUGAUGAAAAUUGUUGAGGUGCUGAGAACACUGGUGCUUUCGCCGUUGGGUUGUCAAUUAUCGGAUGAUAGCGUACGAGAAAUAAUGUUGAGCUGCUUCAAAAUAUGUUUUGAAACCAGAUUAUUCGAAGUACUAAGGCACAGCGCUGAGCGUUGUUUGAAGGAUAUUGUUCAGUUUUUAUUCAGCCGACUUCCGAACUUUAACCAGGCGCCGAGUGAUUCAAAGAUAGGAAAUUAUAGCAAAAUGAAAAUGCGUUCCAAGACUGCUGUCGGUGUUCAAAAAAAGAAAAAGAAAACGGAGAAUGAUAGUAAAUCGUCCAAUCUCAAACAGUAUGUUAAAGAUAACUCCAAAACUUCAUUGUUGGAAGAAGAUAGAUACGUAUCGACUAGUGAGUUUAAUCAAACUGAAAACUGUUUAGCGGAUAAUGAUUCAACUCAAACUACUAAAGAUGAAAAAUUAGAAAAGCCUACUUCGUCUGCGGUCGGUCAAAUCGACGAUGAAACCAAAACCUCCGAUACAGUUACAGAGUCAUGCGACGUGGAUAACGUUCGAACCGAAAUAACUUCACCAGCUGACAAUUCAUUACAAAAUAUCGAAAACAACGAUCGCGUUCCCGAUACGAAUUCCUCAGCUGAAAAUGCUGAAGAAACUGAUAAUUUGAAAUCGCAGUCGAGUUUGAACGACGAAGUAGAACCAGAUGAAAAUAGUACUUCGAGCCAUGUAGAAUCUAGUCAAACAAAUUCGUCCGAUAAAUCCGAAGAAACUGGAGAUAAACAUUAUAUAAAUUCUCAAGGUGUCCGUUUCAUGUCUGAUGAUCCAAAUUUGGAAGACUGGCUGAUAGCUGAACGUGUCCCAUUACAACCGCAUAAUAUAAUCUGCGUUCAAGAUUUACUACGUUUUUUGGCAUUGAUUUGUGAUCCGUACGAAAGUCAAAACUCGGAUGUCAUGAUACAAAUAAGUUUAUCGUUGCUGACGGUCGCUUUGGAAGUGGGUGCCAAAAGUAUCCCGAAGCAUCAAUCUCUGAUGAUUAUCGUUAAAGAUACGCUGUGUAGGAAUUUACUUUCUUUAUUGAAUACGAAAAAUAUUCAAAUUUUUACCGCUACCUUGCACGUGUCGUUUUUAAUGUUCGAAUCGAUGAGAGAUCAUUUGAAAUUUCAAAUGGAAUAUUUUCUGACUCGUUUGAGUGAAAUAAUUGCGGCGGAUAGCGCUAAAGCUACUUACGACAAGAAAGAGUUAGCCUUAGAAUCUUUGGUGCAACUAUGGAAGGUGCCGGGAUUAGUUACCGAAUUAUUUUUAAAUUACGAUUGUGAUUUGUAUUGCCCGAAUUUGUACGAAGAAAUUACCAAGUUGUUAUCGAAGAACGUCUAUCCUGUAGCAGGCAUUUAUAGCACUCACCUGUUAUCGCUGGAUGCUCUUCUAACCAUCGUAGAAUCAAUUGAAAAACAUUGUCAUAGUCGUAUCUCCAACGAAAAACUUAGCAGCGAACAAAAUACGAGUGAAACAGUCGUCGACUCGAACGAAAGAUCAGAUGAAAAGUGUGAAACUGAUAAAACGGUCGUGCCGGAAAGUAGCCCGCCCUGUAAUAUGCCUAGUCACGAGGAUUUGAUGGCCAUCAAACGCAAGAAGAAGUUACUGAGUACAGGAACGGAACACUUCAACGCGAAUCCUAAAAAAGGCGUACAAUAUCUUCAAGAACAGGGAUUAUUGACUACUCCUCUAGAACCUUCCGAAGUUGCCAGUUUUUUGAGAGAGAAUCCGCAUCUAGAUAAACAAAAAAUCGGAGAGUUUGUUAGUCAUCGGUCUAAUCUACAAAUAUUGGAGUAUUUUGUCAAAUCGUUCGAUUUUACCGAUAUGAGAAUAGACGAAGCGUUGAGGGUUUAUUUGGAAGCAUUCAGGUUACCCGGCGAAUCGCCUUUAAUUUCUUUGGUCAUGCAACAUUUCUCCGAUCACUGGAAUAAAUGCAAUAACGAUCCCUUUUCCAAAUCCGAUUCGGCUUUUGUACUUUCGUACGCUAUCAUUAUGUUGAAUACCGAUCAACAUAACGCGAUCGUACGACGACAAAAUCCUCCGAUGACGAUAGAUCAGUUUAAAAAACAGCUAAAAGAAGUAGACGAUUUCGAUCCGGAGAUGGUCGACGGCAUAUAUCAAUCUAUCAAAACGGAAGAAAUUGUGAUGCCUGCCGAACACGUGGGUCGUGUACGCGAAAAUUACCUGUGGAAAGUCUUACUAAGACGUGGAAGCGGUAAGGAUGGCGCUUACAUCAGAGCCCGGGAUGGAUUUUACGAUCACGAGUUAUUUUCGCUUUGUUGGGGUCCGGUUGUUACCGCUUUAAGUUACGUUUUCGAUAAAGCCACCGAUUCCGCAGCGUAUUACAAAUCGGUACAAGGUUUCAGAAAAUGCGCUACUAUUUCGGCUCAUUACGGUAUGAGCAACGAAUUCGAUAAUUUGACGUUGUCGUUGUGCAAAUUCACCUUGUUACUCAAUCCAGUCGAGAAUCCCGAAUCGUUCACCAUCAUGUUCGGAAUGAACUCGAAAGCUCGGCUGGCAGCUAGAACCGUAUUCAGUUUAGUUCAUCGUCACGGAGAUGUGCUUAGAGAAGGUUGGAGUACCGUUUUCGAUUGCAUUUUCCAGUUAUUCAGAUGUCGUUUGUUACCAAAAUAUUUAGUCGAGGCCGAAGAUUUCCUGGAAUUGAGUGGAAAAGUUUCACUCGUGAGAGAAGACGUAUCCAAUCAGAAAACUGUAGAGACCAGUAUACUAAGCUCUUUGUACUCGAUGAUCACCUCGGCAACGGAGUACUCUACUCAACGAACGGAAGAAGAACAGGAGUGUGUCGAAGUUGCAAAAACCUGUAUUUUAGAUUGUCACCUGGAAGGCCUCAUCAGAGAAUCGAAAUUCCUACGUUUGGAGUCGCUGCACGAGCUACUCAAAGCUUUGAUUAAAUCGUACUACAACGCGGACGGCGAAAUAGUGAUAAAUACGAAGCAAGACGAAGACAAGGCGAUAUUUUUCUUGGAAUUGCUUCUUAAAGUUGUUAUACAUAACAAAGAUCGAGUCAGUUCGUUGUGGCAAAACGUGUGCGAUCACUUGUUUAAUCUUUUAGUGGCGGCCGCCGCCGGUGAACAACAGUUUUUAAUCGAACGAUGUGUCAUCGGCUUGUUGAGAUUGGCGAUCAGACUAAUGAGAAGAGAGGAAAUCAGCUCUUCGGUAUUGCAAUCUUUGCAAAUGUUGCUUCUGUUGAAAUGGAGUACGAUAUCGUCGGUGAGUAGGCAGAUAUCGUACGGCUUACACGAACUAUUGAAAACGGGUGCCGCGAAUAUUCACUCCGAAGCUGAUUGGGCGGUUACUUUUACUUUAUUAGAAGUGGUGGGUGCUGGAGCGCCUUUACCAAAACUGCCCGAUGGCGUAGCUACUAGCGCCGGAUCCGUUGAUGGUAGGUCGUCGGAAGAUACCAACACCGAAGGAGCGGCCGAAGAUAGCGGAUUAGACAACGACAAACAUUAUCUAUCGAGCUCCGAUUCCAGUUUGAACCAUAUUACUUUGUCGAAUACGCCGUCGCGAUCGGAUAGCUGCUUAUUUCUCAAUAGCGGCGACGAUGAUCGGAAUGCGAAACGAUAUUAUUCGAGUGCGGAUCUUUUGCCUCACGAUCCUUUCUCGUUAGUCAAAUGUUGCGAAAGUUUGGCAUUUCUGGUGCGAGAUGUGGCUCAUAUUACGCCGUUUAAUUUCGAAAAUUGCGUACAUUGUAUCAGAACUUUUGUCGAAGCUACGCAGUAUUCGGGCGAACGACGACAAAACAAAAAGAACAACGUAUCCGGCUCCAAAUCGCGACUGCGUACCAGACCAAACUCCUCCACCAAAAAGAAAGUAUCUAGUCUUAAAAGUACCGCCAAUCCGUACGAUGCCGAUGAAAGCGAUCCGGAAGAAUACCCCGAUUCGUACUAUCAAGUACCUUUGCAAUUACUCGACCUGAUGCAUACGCUGCACACGCGAACAACCCAAAUACACCAGUGGUGGGCUGAAGAAAAUGCCGAAACAGAAGUCAGCUCUUUAUGGCCGCACGGAUGGUGUCCUCUGCUCCAAGGUAUCGCUCGUCUGUGCUGUGAUCCGCGUAAAUCGGUUCGAACGAGCGCCAUUACCUAUCUGCAACGGGCCUUGCUGAUGCACGAUUUGCAAAAGUUAUCCGCCGAUGAGUGGGAAUCGUGCUUCAACGACGUCCUAUUCCCGCUGCUUGCAAAAUUAUCCCAACCUAUUCCAGUCAAGGAUCACGACGGAGUUGAAGAAACUCGUAUGAGAGCAGCUACCUUGUUAUCCAAGGUAUUCUUACAUCAUUUAACUCCGCUGCAAUCGUUGAAAAGUUUUACCAAAUUAUGGCUGAAAAUACUCGAUUUCAUGGACUGCUAUAUGAAUAUCGAUAAAAAUAGCGAUUUAUUGAACGAAGCGAUUCAAGAAAGUGUCAAAAAUAUGAUAUUGGUAAUGGAAAGUGCGAAAUUAUUCCACGGCGACCAAGGCCAGUCACAAUUCUGGAAAUCAACCUGGGAGAGAGUAGAUAAAUUUCUGCCGAAUUUGAGAAACGAAUUAUUCCGACAUCACACUGCCGCAACGCACGAAGCCGAAGAUCAAAUCCAACUACCUCAAGCGCUCGGGUCGCCCCAACAAAUAGCGGAAAAAAUCAAAGAAUUAAAUACACUUUCCUGUGACUCUAGUCUGAAAGAUUGCACUGAAGCGAAAAAUGGCGAAAGUUUUUUAACUAAACAUUCCUUUCCGAUUAUUCCACAUAUGGGCCAACUGAUUUCAACGCCAAUAGGUCCGCCAUCCGCUUCAAAAUCCGCUACGAAAGAAGACGAUCACAAAUGCGCGGACGCGCCGGAAUAUGAAAAUAGCGCGAAUUCGUACACUCAGAUAUCUUCGUUAGUCGCCUCAGCUCCGGAAUUCCUCAGCACGCUGCCGUCAUUCCGACCUCAAUCGCCGCCCCCGGAUCAAUGCGGCGUAAGUCGUUCCCAAGCGAGUUCGCCUUCUUUGGAGGUUAAACCGACGGCCGAACUUUUAGCGCGAAUUGAAUCGACGCCCGUACCGUGCCCCAAUCCGUUCCUCUGCGAUUCGGUAUCUACGGUUAGUCUGCCCAAUUUCCCAGCCCAUCUCGAUGCAGCGGCCGAUCUGGACCGCGCCAGCAUGAUGAAACGUUCGUGUUCCGUUUCCGAUACCAUCUCUUGCGAUCGUAAAUUACCGACGACGACGACGACGGAUGAAUCGAAUCUGAAAUCGCUCGACGUUUCCCCACAAGCUUGUAACUCGAGUUCGAUACAGUCUGCCGCCAACAUCGCUCCUCCUGUUAGUUUAGAAGAAAUUACGAGUAGUAAUUCUUCGCCUUCCGACGAUGUGCAGUCGUCACCGUCGAAAUCACUUCCAUUGUUUACCGGGUUUGCCCAAAUGGGCUCGGAUUUAAUUAGCAAUCGCGAAGAGAGUAACGCUAAACAGUUUUUCUUUUGAAUAUCUUACGGCGAUUUUUCAAAAAAUCCGCAUUGUCUAGAUCGUUUUAGUGUUAUUUAUUUAUUUAUUUUUUUUUUUUUUACCAGAUUGUUUGCGCGUACUUUUUAACUAGAAAUUUUAAGGUUACUACGUUAACUCGAGUUUUUAUUUGGUUUUGUUUUGAAGCUGCAUUGUUUUUUCUUCUGUAAUUUUACGUGUUUACGUUUUUGUUCUAAAUAUUAUUUAUUUAUUUUAUUUCGAGUAUUUAUUUAUUCAUUCAUUCAACAAAAAUAUUAAACGUUUUGUUUUUUAUAAAGAUUA